AUGAUAGGGUUUGUCCUCAGCAAUGUUUGUAGGAGAGGACGCAGGAUUGGCACCAACAGGCGACUAACCUGCAGCUUUGGCACUUCGCAGGCCACCGAGGGGGAUGCGGCUGGCAGCAGGGGCGAGCCAAUCCCCAGGACAGGCAGCUCGCACGCUGCGCCAUGCAGGACCCCGCUCGUCAACUACGCGGACGGCCUCGAUCGGGACACCUUCAAAAUCUGCAAGGAGUUCCUGAGGCCCUUUAAGAAGUCUCUCAGGAAGCUGUGUUUGCCCCAGCACCUCUCCAGGAAGAGAAAAGUGAAGUACACAAAGGAAAGCCUGACCAUAAUCGGGGACCGCAUUGACUUGUUUCUGCGGCAGCACUGCAGAGCCUCGGAGGUCAAGCACUGGAAGACAAUGAUGUGGAGGUUCGUCUCCCUCUUCUCAGAGAAUGACGAAAAGCAGCUGCAGAAGCUGUAUAAGUACAUCAAGAGCAACAGAAUGGACAAGUUUAAGCUGUUAUGCUGUCCACCAGAAAGCACAGAUUCAGUUCCAGGAACAAACCUGAGUGAAACAAGCAGGAGUGGCCCUACAACAGCUGAAACCUCGAUGGAGGUACCAGAGGCGUCCAGGAACAACCAGGGCACAAACCAGGACACAGAGGCCAUCACCAUGAAUGCACCCACCGGGGCACAGCCCAGUGGUGAAAAUGAUGGCUGA